CGCGCGGUUGUCCUGGAGAGGGACGCGAAGGCUCGGCCUCAACAGACCCGCAGACGCCGAACAGACCUCGGAUUCAGGCAUCCCCAGGCUGCGCCCCCAGGGUCUUGGAUCUUCUUCCCGCCCCGACGAGGGUCGCAGAGGCGCCAGCAUGUCCAGCGAGCCGAGCGCGCCGGGAAGCUCACCCAGGACCCCUCGUCCUGGGACCCAGAAGUCGUCCGGUUCGGCGACCAAGAAGGGGGAGCGCUCGGUCAAGGAGAAGCCGCCGGCCGUGCUGCCGCCGGUGGGCGAGGAGGAACCCAAAAACCCCGAGGAGUACCAGUGCACCGGGGUCCUGGAGACUGAUUUCGCGGAGCUCUGCACGAGGCUGGGCUACACAGACUUCCCCAAAGUGGUCACCCGGCCCCGCCCCCACUCGACCUUCACCGCCUCGGCCUCCAUGUCAGAAAAACCCACCUCAGACGACCAGCGACUGUCGGCGUCCUGCAGCCUCAACAGCCUGGAAAGCAAAUACGUGUUCUUCCGGCCCACGAUCCAGGUGGAGCUGGAGCUGGACGACAGCAAGGCGGUGAAGGAAAUCUACAUCCGCGGUGAGCCCGGUCCCUGCGCGCCCCGUCCCUGCUCCGAGGAAGUAUCACAUACAUUUUCUAAAUUGGUGGGGGCGGGAGUGGGGUGGUAUCCUUUGGCUCUGUUUCCUGAUUGCUCUCUAGAGACCCCAACUUCCUGUCCACCCCCCUUCUUGCCUGGCCUCGAUGGCACCUACUGGUUCUUGGGUCUCUCCCACCUUAGGAAAGUGUCUCUGGAGGGGAAUCCGCUGCCGAAGCAGUCAUAUCACAAGCUCAUGGCGCCCGACAGCCCGAUCGCCCACCUGUCUCUGCGGAACAACAACAUCGACGACUACGGGGCGCAGCUGCUGGGCCAGGCGCUGUCCACGCUGCACAGCUGCAACCGGACCCUGGUCUCGCUCAACCUGGGCUUCAACCACAUCGGGGACCAGGGCGCGGGCUUCCUGGCAGACGGGCUGCGGCUGAACCGCUCGCUGCUCUGGCUGUCCCUGGCUCACAACCGCAUCCAGGACAAGGGCGCUCUGAAGCUGGCCGAGGUCCUGCGUCCCUUCGAGCUGACACACACCGAGGUGGUGGAGCGCCGGCGCCUCCUGCUGGAGAAAGGGACGCAGGAGCGGUCGCGAUCGCCCUCCUCCUCUCGACAUGCGGACUUCAAAUCAGACCGUGACAAGGCCCAGGCGCUGGGGAUGACCUCUGUUGCAUUGACGGACAAAUCAGAAAAGAUGCAGGCAAUGAAAGCCCCGAAGGGCCUGAGCAAGAAGAAGGAGAAGCCAGGGGAAGUGGUCAAGAAGGAGGAGAAGUCAGGGUCUGGACAGUCACCCACACAAGGAGCCCCCAAGAAAGAAGAUGCUGCCAAGUCAGGCAAGGGGAAGGUCACCAUCCCUGAGCAGAAGCAAAGCAAGGGGAAAGGGACCAAGCUGGGGAGCAAGGAGAAGCGCAGCAUUCUUCUGGAGUCAGAGCAGCUGGUUGCUGAAACUACUGAGAUGAUCAACCCUCUCCUGGAGCCCGUCGAGCACCGGGAUGGGAAGGUUUUCAUGCCUGGGAACAAGGUCCUUUUGCACCUCAGCCUCCUCCGAAACCGCAUCACAGAGGUGGGGCUGGAGGCCUUCCUGGCCACAGUGCAGUACCAGGUGCAGUUCAAGUCCAAGAGCAUGUCCAAGGGCCCAGUGGGGCUGCUGUGGCUGUCUCUGGCGAAAAACUGCUUUGACCCACAGUGUCCCACGUAUACUACGAUCCAGGAGCUGAUGCUGCCGAGAGACCCCAUCAAGACCAAGAUCAGGGAGGAAGAGGUCGUGGCUUUCCCUACCUAGCCCUGCUCCGCAGUCUUCCCCGAGCCUCGGCCACAGAAGCACCUCCUGGCCCUGUGUGGACUGACCUCUCCAGGGGAGACCUGGGCCCAAUAACAGUCUAUUGCUGUACUUUUCUUUGACAUUGUCAACUUUGUUCUAGAAAUACUCAGAAUACUUGAACUCGGA